AUGGCUUCUUCUGUGAAUUCUGUAAUUUAUUCUGCUUCUACGACUGCCAAUGCCAUUACUGCUACCAUUUCGGUUACACAAGUCUCUACUCUCUAUGUUCCAUCUAAGAAUUUUAAGAGAUUGCAAUCGAGAAAAUCGCAUUCUUGGUGGUGGGAUAGUCAUAUCAGCCCGAAAAAUUCCAAGUGGCUUACUGAGAAUCUUGAGGAGAUGGACCAGAGCGUUAAGCGGAUGCUGAAGCUAAUUGAAGAUGAUGGAGAUUCGUUUGCUAAAAAGGCUGAGAUGUAUUAUCAGAAGAGACCAGAACUGAUUUCUCAUGUUGAGGAGUUCUACCGCAUGUAUCGAUCUCUGGCUGAGCGUUAUGAUCAUGUGACAGGAGAAUUAAAGAAGAGUAUUCCAUCAGAUCUUCAAUCCCAGGGCUCUGGAAUUUCUGACAUUGUCUCUGAACCACCUUCUCCUGCACGUGAACAAAGACUAAGCCGUCGUAAAUCUGGCCCUCGAGCUGCUGGUUUUGACUUCUUUCUGGGCUCUGGUGGCAGUAGUGAUAAUUACCAGAAAGAAGGAGAUGAAUCAUCCACUUUAACAGAUUCGGAAUCAGAAUCUGAUGAUUCUUCAGUCAACAAUUACUCAGGUCUAUCUAGGAAUGGUGGUGACCAAGGGCUGUCCAGGAGGAUAAUUGAUUUAGAAAUUGAGCUUCGUGAAACUAAAGAAAAGCUACGGAUACAGCAAGAUGACAGUGUUGAUGGCUCAUUUAGGGGAGUGAGAAAUGAUGAUUUUGAGGAUGUUCUUGCUAGAAUCGCAGGGUAUGAGCGAGAUCUGGCAAAUGCAAAUGAGAAAAUACGGCUGUCAGAAGAAGAGGUUGCUAGAUUGAACAUUGAGCUUCAAAAAUAUAGGUCAUCUGAAGUUGCUGAUGGCUUGCACUAUGAGUUUGCAUCGUCAACUGAGAGCAAGGUCACAAUCAGGGAGGCUGAGCUGGAACCUGAGAUAAAUCAAGCAUCACAUCUUCAAGAAAGCAUUGGUGGGUCCGAAGCUGAAACUUUUGACUCCAAUGCUAAGAUUCAGUCACUAAUGGAAGAACUCAGGAUUGCUAAAGAGAGGCUUCAGGUUUCAGAGACAGAAAUUACUACUUUGAAAAAACAGCUUGAGGGUGAUGGACCCUCAGAUAAAAUCAAUAGUUUGCAGGAUCAACUUGCAUUGGCCCACAAGGAGAUAAAUAUGUUGAAAAACAAGCUCAAUGUGGAAAAAAGGGAGGUCUCCAAGCUGCAAGAAAGAAUUGCCAGGCUGAAAAGUAGUUUGUCAGACCGGGAUCAUGAGGUGAGAGAUCUUAAAACGGAAGUCUCCGAUGCUGAGCAGAAGAUUUUUCCAGAAAAAGCACAGAUUAAAGCUGAAAUGUGUAAAUUGAUAGAAGAGAGGACAUACUUGGAGGAACAGCUGAAAGAGCAGGAAUCACGUACUCGUUGUUUAGAGGAUGACAUUAGGAUGUUCCAGGCUGAAAAGGCAGAAAUGGAGGAAAGAUUUGAUCGUGAAAUUCAGCAGUUAAAGGAAGACAUUGCUGAGCGAGACAAUCGCAUAGAAAAAUUGGAUAAAGGCCUCGAUGUUUUAAAAUCCGAGAAUGAUGAGCUUAAUGACAAAGUUAUUGCACUUAAAGCCGAGGUAACUUCGAGGGAUGACCGGAUUGAUCAAAUGGAUAAGCAUCUGCAACAAUUACACAUGGAACAUGUGAAGCUAAUUGCUGGUGCUGAAGAGGCACGUAAACUAAUGGGUGAGUUAAGAUCAAAAGCCAAUGAUCUGGAGGAAGAAGUUGAGAGGCAAAGGAUUGUAAUCCUAGAAGUAGCAGAACAGAAACGGGAGGCUAUAAGGCAGCUGUGUCUCGCUCUUGAACAUUACAGGAGUAGUUAUCACACACUGCGACAGGCUUUCGUGGGGCAUAAUAGAGUUCCAGUUUUGGCAACAUAA